GUCUCAAAAUCAGAAGUAUCUCUUGUCCCGUCAAGUUCAACGUUUACAAUUUGAAAAACUAUGAAGAAGCUAAAGUUACUGAUUUCGUUACUGGUGAUGUUGAUCAGCUUUGGUCAAUGUACAUCAACGGGUACCUUGGAUAUAAUAUCUAAACUACAUCGCAUUGCCGAAAGUGUGAAAACGGUCGCAGAUAGUAUACAAUUACCGGAGGAAGGCGAUACUAAAGUUGAUAUGGACAAGAAUAAACUUGGCGACUUACUGAAACCUUUCAAGGAGAUCUGCAAUCAAAUUGAUGAAACGGAAGCGCAGUAUUCUCAAUACGCGAAAACAGCUCUUAGAUCAAUCAGCAAGUGUGUUCUCAAAAAUACACCGUUAAGCGUUAAAGUGAAUUACAUAUUUAAUGAAUUGGGUUGGAUGUCAGAGCCGUAUAGUGGAACAUUUCAAUAUGAGCUGUACCAUGGCUAUUUUGAGCUUAGCACACUCAUAGAUAUGGCGGAAUAUGCAACUGACUCUAAAACGGGUUCAAUUCCACAGCAGUUAGCUGAUUUACAUUUGGCCUUGGUUGGUGAAGAUAGCUCCUCUUUAUCAGAUAAUUUUUUUACCCAUUUGGCGCAAAAAUAUGAGGAAUCUAACGCAGUGGGUCAAUCGCAGCAAACAACACAACAAUUUUUGUACACUCUGUACACGGAUAUUGCACUUACCCAGCUGAAGGCCUACACUUUGAUUGAGUCCGGGAUUGUGAUUCUUCGACUCGUUGGAAAAGAAAAGGGUCCCCAGUACACGAAGCAUACUCGAUGGGAUUAUGGAAAUCGCACCGAAAUUGUUUACAAAGCACUCAGGAAGGCGAUGGAAGGUCAGAAUCGAAGUGUCUGGCGUUGUGAUCCCAAAGAACAUAUCCCUAAGGUAACCUACGAAGAGGUAACACGAUUACUCCAAGGCUAUAUUGAGAACGAAGUGGAUCUAAGCAGCGACGGGUCAUGCACUGAGACCUGUGGCUAUUAUCAAAAUGCCCGCAGCGAGGGUUGCUUCGACAGUGAUUCCAAGUUUUGUGGACAACAGCCCAAGUGCUCGGGUAAUGUCUACAAUUGUCAGUCUGACGAUUUCGAUAUGACAGUGUGUCAGGCUCCAAGCGGAAGCAGUCGUCGCUACGACUACAUUCAAUAUGACAAUGGACGAGUUCUGGGACAGAGCAAAAAAUGUGAGCGAGGCACUACGAAUAAAGUGGAAAGCUGGCACCGUUGGAUUGUCCAGAAAUGCAGCUACUGUUUCUGCCUCUGUGACGAGCAGGGUCCGAAAUCUGAUCGAUACUUCAAUCUACGAGAGGCCAUUGCUGAUAUCGAGGAGAAUAAGGUGGUGACUGGACUGAGGUUUGUGAAGAAGAAUCGUAUAUUCCAUUUACAAAUACAACAGGGAAAACUUAUGCCUCGCGGCGUCAUCGAUGAUAAGACCCUCGAGUGGAAACCCGUUGAUGAAUACCAGAUAACUGAUGCAAAUAUAGUCAAUGAAGUGGAUUAUCAUACAAUGAACUAUUCGAGCCGUUCCAUAGAUCUGGAUAAUAUUAUGAACCCGAAUGACAAUAGUUCUGUGGUAACCGGAUUACGUUUCCGUGUAUUGGGCUCACAUCUGAAUCUCAUGGCACAAAUUUGUAAGUUUGAUUUCGAAACUGGAAAGCUUCUUCAACCGAAAGUCAACAGUGUAUGGCAAUCUAAUGACAAUGAAAAUAGGGAAAAAUUAAAUCUAGAUAAUCUGGAUGUGCCGACACGUUCAUUUGUCAAAUCAUUGCCACGAUCGAAGCAUAACCAAUAUCUUGACUUUGUCAAUUCCGGAAUUGGUCAGGAUGUGGCACAAUCAACGGUUCCAUUUAUCGAUAUACAGGAUGUUGUAUCCAAUCCCCCAGCACCGUUAGUCGGCAUUGGCAUCUACUAUAAAUCCAGUCCAAGGUAUGCCGGCUUUGUGGCUCCCAAAAUCAUCACCUAUAACUUCGCACCUCACGUUCAGGUGUCAAACUCCAGUUCCUAAAAACGUUUUCAACAUGGAUAGGGAUCGCUUAACGCGAUGAUAACAGCUGUCUGUGUAAUUCGAAUUUCUCUUUUUCUUUAUUAAUACAAAUAUUGUGAAGAAUAAAUGAUCAUUGAAAAUA